GGGGAUGAGUUUCCAGAACAGACACUGCUGUAACAUAACUCCUCUUUGCUGAAUAAGUCUUCCACAAAUUUGUAAGCGGGCUGGUGUAGCAAUGAGCUGUUAUUAUAACUGUGGGUUGUACUACAUGUAUAGGUUGUGUUACCUAUGCUGAAGAAAGAAGAUUGCAGAAAAUGUUUGAGAAACUUGCAGUUUCUGGAGCACGUAUUUGCACAAGAUAAGGGAUUGAAAAAAAUGGGGAAGCUGAGAUGAGGGACUGCACUUACAUGCCCAAAAGCAAUGUGGGGAUCGGGAAGCCAGUCUGCUCCUGCUGGAUAAGAAUUUACUUUGGAAAUUACUUGCUCCUUCUGUGCUUUAUAGUUGCCCCCCAGAAUGUUGUUUUCUGUGCAGUUAACGUAUCAAGGAUUGCUCCUGAACUUGAGGAUUGCUUUUUUAAAAAAUGAAGUAUUUUUUAUAACAAGCAUAACAUGACUACUGGAAGCUGAAUUGAGAAUCUCCACCUGUUACAUACUGAAGUAUCAUCUCUGAUACAACAGAUAACUGAUGUGAGUACAGUUGUAUUAAGGUAUUCUGGUGUGUAUGUGUGCAGGCAGAUAUAAUACUUGUUUGGACAUUGUUUUUAUUUGACUUUCUAAACUGGCUGUCCUUUUUGUACUAAUGUUAACCAAUAAAAGCUAGGAUUAUCACAAAAUGCUCGUAUGCUUAAUCCUUACAUUGUAGUAAACUCAGGCAAAAACCUUGAUAACCUGGAUUAAAAAUGAAAAAAUCAGCAAGUCUGGAUUUGAUGAAUUAAGUUGUUUUAAUCUUUUUAAAAGUAAUAGUUUUUUUUUUUUUUAAAUUGGUGUAAUACCCCUAAAGAUAUUGGUGGAUUGUGGCAUACAGAGGGGACAGUCCAUAUUCUUUCAAUCAGUUCAGUUUUAGGAGAAGGAAAGGUAACUUUUUAUGAAGUUGUUUUUAAACACACUUUUUAAAUUUAGAAAAUGUGGGAUUUAAAAGCAGACCUGUUCAAAUAUUCAUUGAAAAUUUCUGUGAUUUCUUUUUCCAGUACUAACUUCAGGAAGAGAAGAAGGUCCACACUCUUGUAAGUUGGUGAGGUAGCAGCUAGAGCUGCUUGGAAGAAAUCGCUCCAAACUCCAAAGGUCUGGGCAGCUCCGUCACUCCUCUGGAGGUCCAUCUGGCUGCACGUGUCAGCCCAGAAAGGCUGUGGCCUUUCUGCCUCAGCCCAGCCGUUGCGGCGAGUGGUCGCCGUGUUGGUGUCAGGGGAGCACCAGCAAGUGCAGCACAGAGCUUUGGGAGGGUGGAGAUGGAUGAUGAGCUGCCCACCCCACAUAGCUGUGCUCUCUCCCCAGACACAAUUCUACGAGUAGUUGAUGUCUUCAUUUUUUUUGUCUCUUCUAUUUCAGGCCAUCUUUUCUGGUUCACCACCUUCCCACGUACCUGCACUCAAUAAAUGCAGGUGUAUUUUGGAUGUCCCCAGUUGCUCUUCACCAAAAACUUGAUAUACUGAAAGGCUCUGGGAAGAUUAUUCUGCAAAGGAAAAGGGUGAGGGGGAAGAAAGAAAUGGGGGUGUGAAGCCCCACGGUGUGCUCAGUGGCUCUCCCCUGACAGUCCUGUUGCUAAGGAGCUCCAGAAAACAGGAGAGCGUGGCUGUGGAACCAGAGGGCUCCAGGUAGUGGGGCUGCUGGCAUCUGGGGACACGGCAGGCAGCAAGUGUCCUCCCUGGCAUGCUGCUCACGUGCAUGCACCGUACCUUCAGCAGAAAGUCUGAGUGGGCUGCUUCCCCACGUCAAAGGAGACAGAAGAAGACUGCCUCCCAUGUCGUGAUGGAGCUGGAGAGCACCAAGGAUUGCAGCCAGGCUGGGAAGCCUUUCUUCUGCCCUUCCCAUCCCUCAGAGGAACUAGGGCUGUUCUGCGAGCAGUGUGACCAGCCCGUGUGCCAGGACUGUGUUGCAGAAAGGCACCGGCAGCACCCCUAUGACUUCACAAGCAACGCUGUGCACCGGCACGGGGACUCCCUGCGGGAGCUGCUGAGAAGCACCCAGCAGCGCAUGAGCGCGUUAGAAGAUGUGCUGGGCCAGACUGAUGGCGUGGGCAGUGCCAUCCGCGCUCGUGCAGAGGCCGUGGCCACGGAGAUCUGUCUGUUUGCCAGAGGAUAUGUGAAAGCGAUUGAAGAGCACCGGGACCGGCUGCUGAAGCAGCUGGAGGACCUGAAGGUGCAGAAAGAAAACCUGCUGCACUUGCAGAAGGCCCAGCUGCAGCAGCUGUUGCUGGACAUGAGGACAGGCGUGGAGUUCACGGAGCGCUUGCUGACAAGUGGCUCAGACCUGGGGAUCCUCGUCACCAAAGGGGUGGUGGCAAGCCGGCUGGCAAAGCUAAACAGUGCUGCUUACAGCACCCACCCCAGCGUGGAUGACAGCAUUCAAUUCUCUCCCCAGGAGAGGGCAGGGCAAUGUCACGGCUAUGAAGUUUUUGGGGCCGUUAUCUGCAAAGCUGUUGAUCCAGCCAAAUGUACCCUGCAGGGGGAAGGUCUCCGCAGUGCCCGUCAGAAUGAGCUGACAGGCUUUACCCUGCUCUGCAGCGACACCACUGGGGAGCGGAUGGGGAGAGGAGGAGAAGCCGUGGUGGUGACCAUCACCCACAAGGACAAGAAGGACUGUGCAGUCAAACCAACCGUGUGUGAUAAUGGUGAUGGGACCUACCAUAUUUCCUACAGCCCCGAGGAGCCAGGCUUGUAUGCUGUCUGCGUCUAUGUGAAAGGGCAGCAUGUACAGGGCUCUCCAUUCAUUGUGAUGGUGAAAAGCCAGUUCCGCAAACACCAAGGCAUGUUCCACUGCUGCACGUUUUGCUCAAGUGGAGGGCAGAAAGCUGCUCGCUGUGCCUGUGGAGGGACCAUGCCAGGUGGGUACCAAGGUUGUGGCCAUGGACACAAAGGUCACCCUGGAUGUCCCCAUUGGUCAUGCUGUGGACAAGUCAAAAUGAGCUCGGAAUGCCUGAGUGGGUUGCCCAGCGACAGAUCACAGAGGAGUUUGCUCAGGACAGUGGAACUCUGAGCAGCCAGUUGAGCCUCUGUGAGCUGAGGGCCCUCCUACUGGCUGCUGAAUGAGCACAUGCCACAAGGAUCCCCACAAUUGCUGAAGAGCCAUGUUGUCAGAAAACAAGGUGGUGGAUAUGAACUGAGAAAGGAGGGUGAGGGAAAAUAAAACUGUGCCUUAUAUUCUA